CGGCGAGAUCACCCCCCUGAUGUCCAUCAAGUUCAUCACCAGCAACGAGAUCCCGAUGAUGUGCAAGAUGGCCGGGGUGCACGCCCUCUUCAUCGACAUGGAGCAUUCGGCGAUGGACCUACACCAGGUGGGCCAGCUGAUCCUGGCCUGCAACUACGCAGGCGUGUCGGCCGUGGUGCGCAGCCCCAGCAAGUCCCACUGACACAUCAGCCGGAUCCUCGACGCCGGGGCGUCAGCGAUCGUCGUCCCCCACAUCGAGACGCUCGACGAGGUGCA